UACUCUUUGUGACAAACACUAGCACUAACACCACCACCACCACCAAACUGCCAUUAUCGAAAAAGCAGCCUUAAAAGCUGGCCUUGCAAUCCUUCUCUUCACAAAAAUUUGUUUCUCAAAAACAUCUAAACACCAUAUCUACAAGGAUUCUUAGCAUCAAAACUACCGAUAAUAUUUAAGAUGUGGCACAAGCUGGCCAGAUUGAGGAGGAACGUGCAAAAUAUUAGGAAAAGCCCACGAGUAGCCGAUGAGAGCAUGUUUGGAGGCAUGAAUGGAGCUGAGUUUCCAAUCCUUGUGCGUGAUAUGAACAGAGCACAAAGGUGGAAUAGUCUUUCUGCUCUAUUCAGAAUUGUUCUUGCACCAUUUUCCAUUAUUUCUUGCUCCUCACAACCUCAUGUCAAUGGUGCUGAUGGUCUUUGGGUGACUGGUGAGUUUGCUCAACUAUCAGAGAUGAAUCAUCUCAUGGUAAAUGACAGCAUGCGCUAUGCAAUCUUGAUGUAGACAUGUAAGUUAACAUUAUUUAAUUAGUUGGCUUAGAGGGAUUGUAUAUAUGGAAUGCAAAUUUCUUCCACAUACAGCUCUUGGCUUGGAUUUUUAACAAAGUUUUUUUUAUAGAGAAUAUGAUCCAUGUAAUUUUAUUUCUAUUUUGUCUUUUAAUAUGCUAAUAGAUAUUGCUUGUUAGAGGAGAAGUACAGCUAUGUAUCCUUGUAUGAUUAGAGUUUUCGAUCCAAUGAAUAAUGUUAUCAGUUGGUCUUGCCAUGGCUUCCAGAUCAAGUUUUGAGAAGCAAUGAGAAUCACAAAUCCAUUGAUUAACAACUCAUUAUAUGGAGUUUUUGUUUAUUUGAAUAAAACCAGUCAUUUUGCAAA